CGCACGGCCGCGGCCGCGUUGCCCGGGAGUGGGGGGCGGGGCGGCCGGCGCGGCGCGGCGUCAUGGCGGCGGCCGCCUGGAGCUCCGACACCGGCGAGGCCGUUUACCGCUCCCGGGACCCUGUGCGCAACCUGCGCCUCCGCGUCCACCUGCAGAGAGUGACCGCCAGCGCCUUCCUGCGAGACCAGCCCGCUGCCCAGGCCGGGAAGGACCUCAGGGGUGUGGCCGCCUUGUGGCCCCAAGCGACAGCCAACAUCUGUCUCCUUGUUUCCUCUGGAGGUGGCCACCGGCCUGAUGAAGAUGAAAAGGAGGAGGUCGAGAUUGGGUGGCAGGAGAAGCUCUUCAGCCAGUUCGAAGUCGAUCUGUACCAAAAUGAAGGCGCCUGCCAGAGCCCCCUGGAUCAUCAGUACCGGCAGGAGAUCCUGAAGCUGGAGGGCUCGGGUGGCAGGAAGAACAGGCACAUCUUUACCUACACAGACUCCGACAGAUACACCAGCCUGGAGGAGGUGUUGCUCUUGCCCAGGUCCCCUAAUGUCCUUCUCCUCUGCCUGCCUGGGUCUUGCUCCUGGUGCUCCCGGCCUUCCCGGCCAGGGCUGCUGACCACCCGGCUCUGUCUCCCUGCAGAGGCCUUCCAGAGAGCCCGGCGCCGCAUGCAGGAGGCCCGAGAGAGCCUCCCCCAGGACCUAGUGAGCCCCUCGGGAACCCUGGUCUCCUAGUCCCCAGGCCUGGCCGUGUUGGAAGCUGAGGCCCGGCAGCCACCCUGAGCCUGUGCUCCUCCUUCAUCGCUUCUGUGAGGAGCAGCGGCCCUGGAAGAUCCACACCUUCCUCUGCCUCACACGAGGGCUUCUCCCUCCCUGUAGAAACAGCGGGCAACCCUCCCUCUUCCCCUCAUGUUGGAGUUUCUACAGGGGCCGACCAACAAGUCGGACCCUGGGGUAGAGCCAUUUCAGGGUCCCCUUCUGAGUUUUGGCCCACGCAGUAGCCCCAGUAUCAGGGACAAGGGGCAACAGGCCCGAGAGCUCAAAUUCCGGCCCAGUCGCAAGCCCCCACCCCAGGGGCGUGGGUGCAAAGUGGCCUUCAUGGUGCGUCUGUCUGUGGGUGGAUGCAGCACUUUCCACCAGAGUCGGUUCACUAAGGCACUUGCCUUCCAUGUGGCCAACACCAGUUCCUUCCCCAGCACCAGCAGGAAUGACCCCCAAAAGCAGGAUGCAAAAUGAACAGCCUUCUGAGCACGGGGUCUGCUACCUUUUAUUGGGGUUCUUUUGUACAUUAAAAAACUUUUUAUCCAGA